AUGGAGAUAAGAUUAGAAGUUUUGACAUCAACAAGUAUCAAGCAGAAAAAGCCCUGGCCACGAGUCUCCUGGUUAGGACAGGAAAAUGAAGCUGUUUUCCUUUUGGAUAAUAAAUUUAUAAAUGAAAUUAAUUUGCUCUCUGGAAGAACAAAGAAGAAAAUUCCUUGUCUGCAGCCUUUGUUGAAGGAUGCUAUUGUCCUAACAACAUCCAGUAAUGAUGCCUGGCUGGCUGGGGUACUCACUACAGGGCAGCUUUUUCUUUGGAACAAAGAUCAAGAUUGCUUGAAAACUGUACAGGCAGCUGAAAAGCCUAAGAAAAUGAUUCAAGCUGCAGUAGCAAGCUCUUUGAGACUGUACUUGUAUGUAUCUGGAAAUGGGAGAAGAGUUCUGCUUAUAACUCCUGGAUGCAUAUUUCUUUGGGAAUAUUUGGAAUUCAAGAAUAUCUUAUCUUCUAAAAGCCCUUCAUUGGUAGGCCAGUGGUCCCAGAUCAUACCUGAAGAAGCAGUUCAUUUGCCUUCUAAUGAAGAUAAAGAAGCUGUAGUGCAUGCUGUCUUUAUAAAAAAUGAGUUAUUUGGAGAUUGCUGCUUGUGUUCAUUUACUUUUUAUUCUGGAGAAUGUCUGAAGUUAACAUUUCUAGCAAUUCGGUGGCAUGAGAAUGUAUUUACACCUGUAAGAUCGUUGCCAUACCAUGUUCAUUGGGCACAACAAGACUGCCUUCUGUGCCAUCUAAUUCCCAAAUGUGAAUCGGUAAAGUCAAGAGGAGCUCUAAUUUCUGCCUUUUCAAGAGAUGGCAUUACUCUGGCAGUAACUCUUAAUCAGAAAGACCCAAAGGCAACUCAGGUAUUGUUUAUAAACACGUUGAAUUUUGUUACUCUCUGUGGUAGCCUGAGAGGGUGUAGUAAUAAGAAUCCUGUGGUUCCACCUACACUUAUCAGGUCCUACUGGGUAGGUGAUAUCAGCUGGACUCAUGAUAGUCUUUUUCUGGCUUGUAUGUUAAAACGUGGCUCCCUGGUUUUAUUGACCUGUCAAGGUGAAUUGGUAACAUUAAUUACAUUUGGUUGCUCUAUAGAAUUUGGGCCAGCAGAAUUUAUUCCUUUUCACCCACUCAUAACAUAUAGACCACAGCAGCUUACAUUUCAAGAUUCAAAUAAUUCUGUAGAUUCAACAGCUUCUGAUAGUGACCCUAUGAGACAGAGAUUUUCUAUAAAAGCACACUCAAGAUUACCCUACCUCAUUAUUUCUGAUGGAUACAUGGUCACAACCCUUCGAUUUCUUGAUAACCUCUCUCCAUCAGUGCUCAUGAGAUCCCUUCUACUUGAUUCAACCCAGAGGCUUGAGAAAAUGUACCAAAGUAUGGUAUUGUCUAAGCCAAAGGGCAAAGGACUGAACUUGCGAUCACUGGAUUCCCUAAGGUCUAGCCUGUUAAAACACCAAGGAAAUAAAAGUGUAGCUGAUUCUACUGUCCCCAGAUUCUUACAGGCAGAAGAAAGAAUGAACUUAAAUGAAAAAGCAGAAGAUUUUCAGGAUUUUGAAGCAGAAGAAACUAAUGAAGGCAAACACUUUCCAAACAACUUAUUCUCACUUUGGAACCAAAAAAAGGAUCCAUUGUUCAGUAAUGUCAAGGAGGGAAGAUUGGAAUUUGCGUCUAUGUUUGAUACAAUACAUGCAGAGGAUAAUACAGAGGAGACAGACAGAACCAUUACAGAACUGCAUUCUGUCCAGAAGAAUCUCCUUGCAGCAUGGACUAUAGGAAUUUCAAAAAAUGUAACAGAAAAAAAUUUAAUGUUAAAUUACACAGUCGUUUGUAUCACUCAUUUUUUCUACAUUCUUCAGUUUAUAAGAUGUCCUUUCCCCAAACUUGAUCCUUUUUCAAGCAAGAGCACAAGACAUAAUGCAUGGGUACUUUGUAUCUUUCAACUUUUUCAUCAGUGUUUGUCAAUCCAGUAUUGGGAUAUGAGAUACAAACAAGAUGUGGGACAUUUGGUAAAGCUGACCUCAAAUACUAUAAAGCUUUUGCUGAUUCAGCAACAGCAGGGUCAGUUAUUUUCAGAGAAGCUUUUGGCUUGUUUUCAUUUACUCAAAAUGGUAGCUGCUUAUUUAAAUGGCAUAUACAUUCUUCAGCCUGAAGUUAUUUCAACGUCACUUGAUGGAAGUAGAGCAGCAAAUCAAGACAAAUUGGUGGUACCCAUUUUUCAAAUGUUUCCAGAUAGUGGUUCUCAGGAAAACUGGUCUUGGAGUUCAUCUUUCAAGAUUCAUCCUCAAGUAGUAAAUCUUGCUCAACAACCAGGACACAGAUUGGCUGUUCUCUGGAGAGUGUUGUACAACAAAACUUUAUGGUAUCAAACACAGUUAAAUCAAAGACUUCCUGAUGGUGACAGACAGUUAACUGAAAAGAUGACACAGGAAGCAUCUACUGUAAAGGCUCUGCUAUGUCACAUACAGGCUAACUUACAGACUGCUGGAAUUCGCUUGAACCAGGCGUUAGAACUUAAAUCUAUCAAUGGUGAAGAGUGUUUCCUGUUAGGAUCAUAUGAAAAGUCUGUCCUAAUGUGGAAGAAAGCUCUACAAGAAACUCAAGAGAAAGGAGGAAGAAGGACAUGUUUUCUUCAGAUACGCUAUUAUCUUUCUCUUUUCUACUGCUACAUCUAUAGCUAUAAUUUAAAUGAUGCUCAAGGAUUGUGUGAUCAGCUAGUAAGAGAAAUAUUGAAGUGGUCCCACCUACCUGUAAAAGAAAAUGAGGAUUGUUCAGUUCCUGAGAAGUCUCAUUCUGAGUUUGGAAUGACGAGAAGUGCUCAUCCUGAGGCGGCAGUAAAGGUUAUCCAGUCCAUGGCUCGCUUCAUGGCCGCCUAUUUCACCAAUCAGCCGCUUUGCAUUUUGCCACCUCACAAUGUGAAUGUUCUUCCUCCCCUUCAUACUAAAACAGAACAGUCCCUUCGACUUAUUCCUCUGCAACACUCUAAGGUGGCCAGUGUUGUAAGAGAUCAGAAUCUUUCUAAUGUUUGGACAGUUGAAUAUGCCCUUGAAUUAUUACUUAUUGGUGGCCUAGUUCCAGAGGCUGUGUGGUUGGCACAUAAACUUGGAGACUGGAAGACAUCUGUUUCAAUUGGUGUGGCCUUCCAACUAUUCUGUAAACAUGAUAGUAAUUUCACAAGGUGCAAGAAAAAGGGUCUGAAUUUGCCAAUAAAUAUGACUCCAGCACAGAUUUUCCAGGAAAAACUACAGUGUUUUUUAGGUCGGCCAGCCUCUUUGGAAACAAAAAAUGAAAUGGGCUCAAAAUACAAACAAUUUACAGAUCCCAUUGAAGAAGAAGAUGCAAAUCUCCUCUUUGGUUCAGUGCAGGAAGUACUGAAAGCAGCAGUUAUGGCUGAUGCAGAUAUUCUUUCAGAGACGUUUCAACUUCUGCUAAACUCUGCCAAGGACUUCAGUAAGAGACUGUGGGGCUUAGUCCCGGUCGGCUUGUAUCUCCCGGCUCCUCCAUUAUAUUGUCCUCAGCCAGCUAUUCUUAGUGAAGAAGAUGGUGAUGAUCUUCUUUUAAAAGCUGAAAAGGAUAAUCGCCAAAAGGUGUCUGGAAUCCUUCAGCGUGUUCUCUUGCUUUUCCGGGCAGCUCGCUGUUCUUUUCCGGUAGCACAGUGGUACAUCUUGCAGUUGAGAUGGGCAAGAAAAAUCAUGCAGAAGAUUCGAAUGAAAGGGUCCCUUCCUUCAUUGAGUCCUUUCCCUGAGUCAUUACUUAAUUAUUGUAAAGGAGGUGUAGCAUUCUUUCGACCUGGAGCAGCUGGAGACAGCAAGCUUGAUGAAGUUUCCGUUAAAGCAAUAGGUUGCUUCAGAGAACUUUGUGCUUUGUGUUGGAUGCUACAUGUUCGUGAUAAGUUAUCCUAUAGUUGCAGGCAAUAUCAGAAAGCAAGAGAAAAUGUGGAGGGGAAAAAGGACGUCGAAGUGGAGUUUGAUUCUUGUAUGGUUGAGCACGGUCUCAGUGCAGUGGAGUGGGCACACAGAAUGCUGCCCUUUUCUCGGUUUUCUAAUAUUGAAGAACUUAUUCAGGAUCUAAUUUUGAGCCUUAUUGGAGAACUGCCACCAAUCAGAAAGGUAGCAGAAAUUUUUGUGAAAGCAUUUCCCAAUCCUGAGGACAUAAGGGUUCCUUUAAGAGAAAAAUAUCACUGUCUUCAACAGAGACUCAGACACUGUGUUGUGAAAGGUCCCCAAACUGAGGAAAUGAUGUCUGUUAUUAUGCAUUCUAUUCAUAAAGUGAGAAUGAAAGCCCUAAAACGUGUGCAAAGAAAUAUAGGUUCUUUUGAAAUGAAUAUCUGGGAACCAGUUGAAGAAGAAAAACCAGCUGAGGUUCUGGGUUUUGAUAGGUUUUCCCUAGGAACUAGUUUGAGCAGGAGCACACUCACAGAACUGGGGAAUUCUCUAGUCCACAGUGAUGCAGAUACAGCAGAUACCUUCUCUGAAGCAUUGUCAGUUGAAGAAAAAAGUAGGAUACAUUUCUCUGAAAGAAAUGCCCCAAAUCACAUGGAAUUAAAAUUGAUUGGUAAGCCCAAGGAAAAAAAGAAGAUAUGUAAUCAGAAAGAAAAUCUUGAAAGAAAAGAUCAUGAAAAGCUAUUACAAAAUGCACUGCCUGUAAUAGGUGUUUGGGAAUUUGAACGUGAUGAUGAUGAAUAUAUUAAAUUCCUUGAUCUCUUCUUGAGUUAUGUUCUUGAAAGAGACCUACUUGAUUCUAAGGAUCCUGGCAUUCCAUUUCUAACCAGUUUUUCUGGACAUCUUAGAGAAUAUGAACUUAAUUCUUUACUUUUUGAUGUACAUACAACAUUAAAACGACGUCGAAGCAAAACCAAAAGCCAAAAUGUGUUUAGAGCUGGCUCUUGUUUUGUUGUUGCUCCUGAGUUAUAUGAGUCUGAAAAGCCAGAAAACCAAGCACUUUCAGCUUCAGUACUGGAUCAAGGAAUCAGGUCAUUUUUAGAGAACCCUUUGAAUGAAGUCAAUAAAAUUGAAGUGACAAGUGGAUUGUUCGGUUUAAAACAAAAGUCAGUUUACAGAACACAAGAUGACAGUUCAGGGAAACCUUUAGUCCAGAGAUUGUCGAACCAUGUGUUUUGGACUCCCAAGACCGACAAAACUAGAAGAUGUAUUUUCAAAGCAGUUCAAUGCAGUGAUAUUAACCCUCAAGAAGAUCUUCCUUUAGUACUAAAUAACACAUUUGGCAGUAUAAGAAGGCUGCUGGAAUGGAUGAUAAGGUGGUCUGACAGAAGACUGCUCUGUGAUCCUAGUCUCACUGAGUUAUCCUGUGAGUAUAGUCCCAUCAUUCGUGUAAAGACCUCUACAGCUGCCAUUCUUACAUCAUUGUGGCUUUUGGAACAACCCUAUUUUGCUACAUAUAAGGCAAAAAAUGCCAUUUUUAAGGUGCUAGAGAAUCAUUACUCUCGGUCUCAGAGUGGACCUGACAUUGUGAGUGAUUGCAAAACAGAUGCUGGCUGUUCUGUUGCAGUAUCCACUCAAAGUGGGACUGAUGAAAGAAAUGAUCAAAACAAAUCUCAUCAAAGUAUGUUGAAUGGAAUACCAACUGAAGCAUUCAAUCCUGAAACAAAGGAAACCAAAGAUAAGAUUAUUUCUGUUACUGAUGAUACUGAAAAAGAAUUUAUAGAUAUUGAUGAGGAUCUUUUAGAGGUAGAAACAUGUAACCAAGAGGAAAUGGAAAUACAGCUAUCAGACAAUGAAGAAGUUACCAAAGAGCCUAUUGGAAAUCUUAAAAGUUCCCAUAUUGCCAUUUACAUGCAGACUUUACCGCAGCAUUUAGAAGAACAUUCCACAGGAGAGGUUCAGUGUCCAAGGGAAGAACCAUUGGAGACAUGUAUGAAGAAAAAAUCAACUGGACAGAAAGGUAUGAUCGAAACCUUUUCAAAUCCUGAACACACCGCUACUUAUUCAUUUUGUGUAGAUACAAGUUCAGAAAUUUCUAGUGGCCAGAUCUCUGCAUUUAAAGAUCCGUCUUCCUCAGUUCCACCUUUCAUAUCAAAUGGAGUCAGUGUGUCUUCACAAACACCUAUGCCAACACCACAGCAGACCCAGAGAAAUGAACCCAGGGCUCAAUUACCAGAUUCUUCAGAUUCUGUGAGGCAGAUGCUCCAAGAUGAAAUGUUUAAAUUAGUUCAGCUGCAACAGAUCAACUUCAUGAGCCUAAUGCAAAUAGUAGGAUCAUCCUUUGCCAACCUCCCAGAUAUACAUCAACUUCUACAGCAGUCUCAGCCUGUUCGUUUGGUGGGAAGCCAAGUAUCAAACCCCACAAGAGGGAGUAGUGAUGUUGAUGACACCAGUAGAAAUUUUAAGGAGAAAUCUUUUAUUAAGCCACAGUCCAUGGGAGAGUAUACCAGAGAGCCUGGUGAGAAGAGUCCACACUGCCAUAAAGGAAUUGUGCAGGAUGAUCAAAAUAGUAAUGGAAAUGUGCAGAAUAUACCACAUGGGAGUAUUCCUUUAUGUGAGUCAGAAGGCCCACCUCAGAAUACAGGAUUAACUCCAGCAUCUCAAAGCUUACCAACUCCUGCACUGUCUUCAGCUCCUGCUGGAAGUACUGCCCUCUACCUUUUGUCCCCAUCUUCUGCCAUUCUGAAGACACCUAGACUAAUCCCAGCUGCAAAAACCUUCAGACCUGGUGAUGGUUUUCCUUUGCUUCAGUUUCAGCCUAAGCAUGAAUUUAAGCCCCUUUCUUUCCAUACAGGAAGAGCCCCACAAGUUCCCUUCAGGCCCCCGCCACAGCCCAGAGAGGCUUGGGGAUUAUCUGAUUCCUUCCAGCCUCCAUUGCUACAGAAAGCAAUGCACAUGACUUCAGUGCCCCAUCUGAAUUUGAGCCAGUAUAAUACUGAAGCCACAAAAAAAGCAAUGGAGCAGAAGAAAUGGGCAGAAUCUGUAAUUACAGAAAUCCCUAAGCGUGUGAACGUGGAUCAGUGUGUUGGACAUGAAAAUUUGACAUCUCAUCAGGACUCUUCAGUGUUUAUAAAACCAGAAAAACUACUUGAUGUUAAGCCAGAGUCCCUUGAAAUAUGGCCUCAGAAUUCCUUCGGACUUCCAUUAUUGCACCUGCAACUUAAGCCUCCUUAUAUAUUUUCCUCUGCCUCAACAGCAUCAGUAAAAAUUCCCUCAAUACCUAUGAGAACUGUAGCAGAAGAAAGAAAAUACCCAAGACUUUCAUUACUUCAUUCAUGCCUAUCCCCGGAAAAUACGUACAAAAACCCACAACUUAUUCCCCUUGAGAACCUCAUUGCAUUCAAACAAAGCCAAGAGAAACUAGCACCUAAUUUAUUUGAACAAGGCGAUUUUGGACACCUUCGGCUUCUAAAGGUCAAAAUAGAACCAUCUGAAGUGAGACAAGGAAAGGACAGUAAAAAAAGACAAAGACGACGAGCUGAGAAAGAGCUGCAAGAAAAAAUAUCAGAGAAGCUAAGGAGAAAACCAAGUGUGGCUUUCCAACCAGAGAGUUCCAUUGUUAAUGAUAAUGAUUCAGAAAUAGUUGUGAAAUCCAAGGAGCAACAAGAACAUGGUGGUUCCCAGCCUUUGGAUGAUUUUGACAUUCCUUUUGAAAUGCUACAAAAUGAUAUUAAAACUUCAGCUGGAUUGCAUUUCAUGGCCUGUGUAAGAAAGAAAGCUGUAGAAUGUCAGGAUGCAAGUACAAAUACAGACCCAGAACAUGAGCCUUUGAAUGUUCCUGAAGUGUUGGCACCAGAUGUAUAUUUAAAUCUCAAACUUUCCACUGAAAUAUCAGAGAAACCUUUGUCACCUUCACCAUCUGAUCCGGUACUAAAUUUGGAAUUUCCUGUCAGAGAAGAGCCUUCAGAUGAUAAUAUUAUCAGACAGCAAAGUGAUCAUCUGGAAGUCCCAUCUUCUGCAGAGUUACAUUAUAUGGCAGCUUCAGUUACAAAUGCUGUCCCCCUGCACAGUUUUAAGAGUGAAGAUAUGCUGAAGCCAGAUUGCCGAUUCAAAGAGCAGAGCUCAAAGUCAUCUGCCGCAGAGGAGUAUCUGCUAUGGGAGCUACUGCGGGAUGUCUCUGCGGCUCGUCCCGCACAGAGCUCUGCAGCUCGCCGGCUAGAGCAUCUUACCUCUAAGCUUCAGAAAAUUGAUGAACAACUGUUAGCAAUAGAGAACAUUGCUGAAAACAUAGAACGGGAUUGCCCCAGACAAAAAGUGCUAGAUCGACAUUGUGAUAAGGGUGCAUCCUUAGACCAUAUUGAAUUGUCCUCUGGUCUUGAAUCUGAAAAAACAUCUGUUUCAAAAGCCACUGGUAUUUCAGAAGAGACACAUUUCCUGACUCAUAGGAAUGAGGAGGAUCAAAGUGACAAAGAGGAGAUUUCAGAAGCUGAAUUUUCAGUAACAGAAACUCAUUCUAGUCAGAAAACCUGUGUAUUUCCUUCUGCUGAUUCAGCGGUCAGCCUUUUCAGUGGCCAGAGUACAACUUCUCCUGGUGUGAAUAACAGUGAUGAGUUAUUCGAGAGUAUUUCAGUAGACCCACUCCAGAUGACUGGAUUGACUGAUAUUGCCGACAUUAUUGAGGACCUUAUAACAAAAGAUGGAGUUUCCAGUGAAGAGCUCGGUUUAACAGAACAACAAGCUAAGACUAUCUCCAGAAUUCAGCAUUCUUCUGGUAGACCAACACAAAGACCUGAGAAGGAGAGAAGAGAAAUUCAAAUGUGGAUGAAAAGAAAACGAAAGGAAAGAAUGGCGGAAUACUUAAAUGAGCUGGCGGAAAAGAGAGGGCAAGAACAUGAUCCUUUCUGCCCCAGGAGCAAUCCAUUUUACAUGACUUCAAGAGAAAUCAGGCUAAGAGCGAAGAUGAAGGAUGAAAAAGACAGAUUGCUACUCUCUGACCACUAUAAUCGUCGAAUCUCACAAGCGUACAGUCUGAUGAAUGAAUUGUUAUCUGAAUCAGUACAACUACCAACUACUGCACAGAAACCAUUGCUUAACAGACCCAGAACUGCUCACAUUUCCAGACAGCAAUGUUCUCUUUCUCCAAGAAGAGAAUAUCAACAUGGUCACAGUAUUCCAAUAAAUCAACCUGGAAAAUUCAGAUAUAUAUUCAGACCAAGUUGUACCCGAAAGGGAAAAGUUUUUGGACAACCUGAAGGCCCUCCUUGGCCACAUGGAACUGCUACUUUUACCACACAGAAUAAAGGCGAUGGAGCCAAAGUGGCAGUAAGAAAGCCUGUGCUGUCUCCAGUUACCUUCCACAAAGGUUCUAGUGCUCCGUGUGGGAGUCUGCAGUGUACGAAAAAACACAUCAGUGCUGAGCUUUCACCUCGAUCAAAGCAGGUACGUAUAGAGUAUGAGAGAGAGACCGUGGUGAGCCCCUGGACAACUGUUCACGAGAGUCCUGCUUCCCUUCUACAGGACUUGGCAGCAACCGAAGAAGAGCUAGAGCCUCCUUUCGGGGUGGGUGGCGUCGACAGUGUGUCUGGGAGCACUGGUAGCAUCCUCAGCAGACUUGACUGGAACGCCAUUGAAGACAUGGUGGCCGGCGUGGACGACAAGAACCUGUCUCUCCACUGGGCCUUGGACCCGUAA